CAGUGUGAACUAGUCUAUUUGACGUUUCGAACAAUAGCGAAUAACGAAUAAGUCUUCUAUUCCAAACAUUAAAGUUGUGCUUCGCUUAACAAAAUGAACAGACUUUUCGGUCGAGCUAAGCCCAAAGAACCAGCAGCGAGUAUCACCGAUUGCAUCGCUGGGGUUGACAGUAGAGCAGACUCCACGGAGAAAAAGAUAGCGAAAUUGGACGCGGAACUAAAGAAAUACAAGGAUCAGAUGGUUAAAAUGAGAGAAGGUCCCGCAAAGAACGCAGUAAAGGCUAAAGCAUUACGCGUUUUAAAGCAACGAAAAAUGUACGAGGCACAGGCUGAUAAUUUACGUCAACAAGCAUUUAACAUGGAACAAGCAAAUUACGCGACGCAAACGUUAAAAGAUACUCAGACGACUGUGGUCGCUAUGAAAGAGGGAGUUAAACAGAUGCAGAAGGAAUUUAAAAAUAUCAAUAUAGAUAAGAUAGAGGACCUUCAAGAUGACCUGGCCGAUAUGCUUGAACAAGCCGACGAAGUUCAAGAGGCAAUGGGUCGUAGCUACGGUAUGCCAGAAAUCGACGAGGAUGAAUUAGCUGCCGAAUUAGAAGCUCUUGGCGAUGAUUUAGCCAUCGAUGAAGACACUAGUUAUUUGGAUGACGCUAUCAAAGCACCGAACGCUCCGGAUAAAGAACCGGGCGCUACCUCGGUCAGGAAUAAGGACGGUGUCUUGGUCGAUGAGUUUGGCUUGCCGCAAAUACCAGCCAGUUAAAACAUUAUCGAACGAUAUAAUUAACCACAGUGUUUAUCGAUAUAUGUACCUAAAUAAGCUCGGCCCGUGGGAGACUUUGAAAAGCUUUUCGAAAUGCCGUCUCUGUAGAUAAACUUUCAAAGUAUUAACAAAAUUUUUCAACCGAUCAACUAUACACUUUUGCGCAUUGCCAGUCUCUCGAUCACUAACGCGAUAUUUCAUUGUUGCCGAUAGAUAUACUAUUUUUAUUCCAUUGUGUUUAAGUUGUUAAUGUAUAGAUCGAACUAAUAAAUAAAAUUUAUAUGA